AUGGACGCACAGAACUUAGCGAAUGCACAGCAACCUGGACAACCAAACCCAGAGAAUAUUCCAAAUGAAGUUAGAAUACAAACUGCAAUGGCAAACUAUGGUCAGGUGCCAACAGAUGUACAAAUGCAAACUGCCAUGUCAAAUGACGCUGCGUUAGGUUUGCCACCAUGGUAUGCAAAUAUGAGAUAG